AUGCCACUUGGAAUAGUUGAAAUGAAUCAGACUUGUGAUGGCUUACUCAUCAAUCUCAGGUUCAUGCCUUUACGUAUCAUACAGGUGUUGAUAUUGGUAAAUAGACGCGCUCGACGAAUUCUCCAAAAAAGCUAA